AUGGCCCCCAACGCUGUUUCCACGACUUCGCCGCCUUCCACUUCCCCCACCAGCCGUCGCCGCCGUCGCGACCGCAAACCACCACCAUCCGAUGAGGAAGUGAUGCAGCUUGACGAUACGAAGCACAAGGUUUAUAUUUUCAACAUGGACGACGAGCUCUCGUCUUCCGAGAGCGAGCCCGACGAUGGCAAGCUUGUCUUUUUACCGGACAUAGAGAAGCACUUGCGCGCCACGCGCAUUCCACCAUCCCUUCUGGCGAACCACGAAGGCCAGCUUGCCGGCAUGCAGGUGGUUCUGUACAACGAGCCCGCCUCUCUGACUGUCCCACCCGAGCAAGACAGCGUCCGUAAGGCCAUCGUCGAGUCCCGGACCCGCAUGCGCGAGAGGCAGCGUCUCGAACGCGAGGGCAAGGGUUCGCCGGUGCAGAUGCCACCACCGUUCGUCUCCCAGCAACCCGUAAGCACAUUCAUUUCCGGUUCCCAGCAGCCGGUCAGCGCAGUCGCACCAAAUCCUCCAACCCCGAGUGAGACCUCAGCCUCAGUAGACUACAACCCCGACGCCAUGGACCUUGACUAG